AUGGUGGCAUACUCUAAGGACUUGUUAGCACAGUUUGAAGAGUACAUGAUCAAGUUGGUGCCACGAGAGCAGAACUCCAAUGCAGAUGCCUUGGAAAAAUUAGCCAGUGUGAAGGAUGCUAACACUCUGAAUAUAGUACCAGUUGAAUACUUAACAAACCCAAGUAUUACUGAGCAGGAAACAAUGCCAAUUACUGUAACUGACACUUGGAUGACACCCAUCAUCACAUACCUCGAGCAAGGGACCUUACCAGAUAACUGCAAUGAUGCCAAGAGGAUGAUGAGACAGGCUGCUCGGUAUGUCAUGAUGGAGGGGGUGUAUUAUAAAAGAGGGUACUCUAUGCUGCUACUCAGGCAUGGCAUCACAAAGAGCUUCUCCUCGGUGGUUCAUCCACAGGUGAAUGGGCAGGUAGAAGCGGUAAACAAAACAUUGAAAGACACCCUAAAGAAGCGGCUCGAGCAAGCUAAAGGAUGUUGGGCAGAAGAGUUACCAGAAGUUCUCUGGUCGUACAGAACCACUGCUCGGAUAGCAACUGGCCAUGCUCCUUUUUCCUUGGCAUAUGGUUAUGAAGCUAUGAUACCGGUCGAGAUCAACCCCCUGUCCCAUCGAAGAAGCACUUACAACCAGGAUGAGAACAAUCAAUUACUUACUGAAUCUUUAGAUUUUAUUGAGGAAAAGCGAGAAAAGGCGAGCAUAAGAGUUGCUGCUCAUCAACAAAAGGUGGCCCGUUAUUUCAAUUCCAGAGUUAAAGAUCGAAAGUUCCAGGUUUGA